AGUCUAGGUUAAAUUAAACAGUGGAGGGAGAAGGUGCGUUCAUGCGUUUUUUUGAGGUGAAUCGCAAACCAAAAGGGCGAAGUAAACUUGCAAAGCACAACAUUCAAAAUAGAAGGAUUGUCCGUGUAAAUUUCAAGUCGAUUUACCAUUUUCGAGAGUCGGACGGUUUUCUCGGUUCUUGGAAAAAGUGCAACUGUGAAAAGCUCUUGAAUAUAAUUCGUUGUAAGGAAACACGCAGCUCUUCAAGGGCGCGUUGUCGACUAUUGUUACGACAAAAAGUUGAGAAAAUGGCCGACAAUUGGGCACAAAAUUCGCAGAGUACAGUUUGCCGGUACUUCAAAAAUGGAGUCUGUCGUGAGGGAAACCACUGCAGAUACCGACAUGUGCAGGGAAGUCAAAACAGUUUAAACAGCAGCAGCAGCAACUCAGAAGUAGUUUACCUCCCAUCGACAACUGCUUGUCACUAUUUUAAAUAUGGAACCUGCAAAUACGGCACUCGAUGUCGGUUUAGUCACAAUUCCAACCAUUCCAGUAACACAGAGACUGCAGAACCUCGAACUUCUAACAACUCUUCGACUUCUGACUCCGAAAGAAUGAGCGAUGGAGUGGUCGCAAGCGAUGACUGGGCAAAUGCUCCAGAAUUCGUACCAUCUUCUACCCCAUCAACUGCCACAGCUUCAUUUAGUGCCCAACUACCUGGAGUGUCUUUAAUUGGAAAUGUAACGUCGGCAGUUUCAUAUGCUCAAGUGGUGAACCCUUCUUCUGGACAAACCUCAAUUUCCGCCAGUGAUCCUCUUUGUCCUUACGCAGAAGCUGGCAAUAUUUGCAAAAAACUCAACUGCCCUUAUCUUCAUGGAGAUAUUUGUGAAUUGUGCGGUUGUGCUGCACUCCACCCACUGAACGAAGAGAGUCGAAAGAAGCAUACAAAUGCUUGCGUAAAACAACACGAGGUAGACAUGGAAAUAUCGUUUGCAAUUGCACGCAGUAGAGAUAAAUCUUGCGGGGUAUGCUUCGAGACAAUUAUGGAAAAAUCUACACGUGAACAGAGGUUUGGAAUUCUACCCAAUUGUAAUCACUGUUUUUGCCUGACUUGCAUCAGAAAAUGGAGACAAGCAAAACAGUUCGACAACAAAAUAAUCAGAGCCUGCCCCGAGUGUAGAAUCCCAUCCGAUUUUGUCUGUCCAAGUAUGUAUUGGGUGGACACAAAAGAAGAAAAAGAUAAACUAAUCACAGAUUACAAAGAUGCCUUAAGUACCAAAGAUUGUAAGUAUUUUAAAAAAGGGCGAGGUAAAUGUCCCUUUGGAAACAAGUGCUUUUAUCUUCAUGCUCUGCCCGAUGGCACGAAAACCGAUGUAGGACCACCGGUCAGACAACGUCGCAAUGCCGAAGCAGACAUUGACAUUUUUCAUCAAUUACUAUUGUGGGAUUUUCUGGACGAGAGAGGAAAUCGUUGGAUGUACAGCUUCGACGAUUUCGAUGACAUCAUCAACAACAUCUCAGACUCGGAGUCUGACGAGUGGUCAGAAUACGAAGUCCAUGUCGUCUAGUCGUUUGCUUGGCGAAAUAAAAAAUGAAAAGAAAGAAGUGAAUAUGUCACCCAAUCCAAUAACAAGUUGCACUCCAUCGGUUGAGUUGCAUCUGUAGCCAUUGUUCGAUUUCGUCCAAGUUAUUCGUAAAAAGGCAGUGGCGCUUUGCAAGUGACAGUCCUUUUCCAAUUUGCCGAUCUCCACCUAGUUGACAAAAAAAGGAAUUAAAAAUCAACCAAGCGUUUGUCGUCAUAUGCGAGUGAAUGAUUUCCUAGAUUAUAAAUAGGGUUUAGGCACACUUCGGCGAAUGUGGUGGAAGUCUCUGUAAUCGUUCGCUUCUAUGUCUAAUUCUUAGGGAUAAAUUAGCUAUAAAAACGCUUGGUUCGGAUUAUAAUACUGGUGGAAUACGGCCUUCUUUCAUUUAGCUUUAAAAAAAAUUUAUCCGAUUAGAGACUCUCAAGCCUUCUGUUCGGUCAUCCGUAUAAAAAAAAGAAGAAAAAGUGGUCCAAAUUAUGAGAAUUACGGUACAACUCGCAUUUAGAAAGACAGUGAUUCUUGGUUUUCUCUAGUUUAUAGGUUACAAAAACAAAACUCAUUAAUUUAUUUUUCUUAAAUGUUUUUCUCGUAUGUUAAAUAUAUGUUUACUCACUCGCGCUUAUACUUGAAGAGUAAAAAUGUAUCCAAGUCGAAUGAGAACAAAAAUUCUGCGCGUGAAGACGUGAAUUACUGUCACUUUUUAUUGUUAGUAGAAGGAAAGAGAGAAAGAGGAAACAAAAAAAAUGAAAGAAUUGCAUUAGAGAAAAUGAAAUAAUUUUCUGCAGUGUUUAUGUUUAUAUUUGUAGUUGUUACGGCAUUAUCUACCUUAAGAAGAGUCGCAACCGAGUUGAGAAAAAGAAUAGUAGACGAAUUUUAUUUUGGCAUUUAUCCAAGGUUUUCGUUGAUCGAAUUUUUGUCAAGUUAAGAAGAAGAAGAAGAAGAAGAAGAUUUUUCUCUUCUUGCUAUAGGUGCUAAGAAACUUGGUUGCGACUCAGAAAAGCAGCUAUAGAUAUAGACUAAUAGCUUACGAGUAAUAUAGAAGAACUUAAGUUUGCUUUUUACUCUUUUUCUCGAUCUAGUAGACGUCAAUUAAAACUACGGAUGCAAUCCAAAAAGAACGAGUGAAUUUUCUGCUAUUUGAAAUUUGAAAUUUUAGGGAAUUUUGUCGAGAAAUUUGACGUCUUUUUGGAUUGUCUAUAUAGAGAUGAGACAAGAAUGUGUGAUCUGGCAGUCGUAUUUGUGCAAAGCGUUACGUUUUUUCAUUUCGAACAAAUGUUUAAAUUCUAUUCAAUUAGUAUGAUAAUCGCCGAUAGUUGGUACAAUAUGCUUUAAUAUGACUGCACUGUGAAAUUAUUCUAGAUAGAUUAUUCUACCUUUUAAUAUUGAUAUACUAAAUUUCAUUUCUCCAAAACCUCAAACUACAUUUUUUAGAGCUCAAGACAAUUUUCGUAAAUUCGUAAAAAUUUCGACACUGCUAGAGAAGAAUUGUUCAGCCUCGUUUCAAGUUUUAUCGUUGACAUUGUUGUUGUUAUUGUUGCUAUACUACAGUCGCUGUUAUUGUUGCAAAUCCAGAAGCUCUUGAUUUUAUUUUUUUUUUCGAGAUAAAGAGUUAGUACUAGUCAAAAUUUCACGAGGUAUACAUUUUUCUAAUUAAGUUAUUUUAAAAUUUUCAAUUUCAAAUUUUAUAUACAAUACAGUAUUUUUUCAAUUGAUCGUAAUUGGAAAGAAUAGAAUAGAAUUUUUUAAAAAUGCAAAAAUAAAUUAAAUUCUUUUCGGAAUUUUUGAAUUCGAAGUACGUAAGCAUUACUUGACUCAACAUAAUAUAUUUAAAAGUAUUUCGUUAAUUUUCAAUGUUUUUCAAAGUAUUUCACUCAAUAUUGAAAAGUAUUAAAAUUCAGUAGCCUUAAGCACUUGAUUAAAAACGUUAAAAACUAUAAUUAAAACAAUACUUGUUUCAGAGCGAAUCUUAUUUGUUUAUUUUUCUUUUUUUUUCUAGAUUUAGAUUCAUUGCUGGAGAUCAACAUUGUUAGUAAUUACGACUUCCAUAUUCAUAAAUAAAAAGAAUUCUAACAGACUUUGAAAUUUUGUCGUAACGCGCCCACCAGUAAAAAAAAUUCCAGAUUUUCAUGUUCAUAGAGACUACAGAGAGAAAAAAAUGAUGGAAAAGCAUUUCUCCGCACCGUCGAAUUCCAAACGGCUAUCACGAGCCUGUAUUUCAAGAAUUAUUUUAUCAACUUUUCUAUAUCAAGCAGCCAUAUCGAUUGGCUUCAAUUUUCAUUAUAAUAUAUAUGUAUUAUAUUUUUGUUAUUGGAAAAGUAGAGUAUAUAGUAAUAAAAUACAUAGUUACAUUCAG